GCCCAAGGCCCAUCAGGCCCCAGUACCGCCGGCCCCUCGGGCGCUCGCUGCACCUUAAUAAUAAUUAUAAAAUUAUCCAUCCCGCGGCGCGUUCUCUGCAGGCCACUGCAUCCGCCAUCGGCCCCAUCCACUUCCUCUGCAUAUGACAUCGCGCGUGGAUCAACCAGAGUUACCUGUCUUUUGUUGUGCCUGAUCGUAUAUUUGGAUACACCUAUACCUGAGAUCCUCAGCUUGCAGUUUUCCCUUUCCAUCAACUUACAAGUUGUCAGCAGGGCGGGCAUGUCUAUGCUCUUGAUUCGAUAACAGCGUCUGUUGCCUACUACUGCGUUGCGAGCUCUGUCUGAAGCUGGACCCGGGAUGUCCUCCCCAGAUAUCUCACAGUUAACUCCUGCGCAACAGGAGGCGCUGCAAACCUACACCGCAGUAACAGACCAAGACCCAAUUUCCGCCAUUCCAUUGCUCCAACGAUGCGAAUGGAACGUCCAGAUUGCCAUCGCCCGCUUUUUCGAUGGCGAGCCUGCCACCGAUCCGUUAUCAGAAGCUCGUUCCGCGCUGCCUCCAGCCUCCAGCCGACAGACCGCAAACCUCCAAUUUGAAUCCUUGCUCUCCUCCACGCACCCUACCCGCCCUCGUGCGAACCCAGAAGAUAUCGUAGAGAGAGUCGACACAAGUCCCUCGACCGAAACACAAUACCGGCCAUCAAUCCUAUUCUCCAUCCUCUUCUCUCCGAUUAAUGUCAUGUAUCGAGUCAUAAGCGCAAUACUGUCACCGUUGAGUUUUCUUGUACCCUCAUUCCUAUCGAGACUACUUCAUCGCCUUGUAUACCAACAAUCACGGCCUACGCGGAGAUCUCUCCCUCCGGCCGAAACAACAAGGAGAUUCAUUCGGGAGUUCAGUGAAGAGUAUGGGACAAAUGUCUUGCCAUUCUCGGAAUCAGGCUUCAACUUGACUUUGGACACCGCGAAAAAAGACCUCAAAUUUCUCCUGGUUGUCCUCCUGUCACCUAGCCACGAUGAAAACACUACAUGGGUGCAAGAGACACUGCUGUCCAGUCCGAUAAAAUCUUUCCUGGACUCUCAUAAAGACGAACUAUUGCUUUGGGGCGGUAAUGUCCAGGACGCUGAGGCUUACCAGGUAUCAUCUAGUCUGCAGUGCACAAAAUUCCCGUUCGUUGCCUUAGUCUGUCAGACAACCGACGCGGGCUCGUCAGCGAUGACAGUCAUCAUGAGAGCAGCAGGACCCAUGCCUGCAUCUGAGCUGGUUGCGAAGCUCGGGACGGCGAUGACGGCACAUCAAGCGCAGUUGGCUGCCGCUCGGGCUCAACGAGCCGAGCAGCAAGCGUCGCGAAAUCUACGCCAGGAGCAGGACUCAGCAUAUGAACGCUCCCUUGCCCAGGAUCGCGAGCGUGUCCGGCAAAGGCGAGAGGCAGAAGCGGCAGCCGCACGAGCGGAGAGAGAGGCACAAGAAAGAGCUGAGGCGCUUGCGAAGAGAAAGGCAAACAUGGAGCAAUGGAGACAGUGGCGGGCUCAGUCGCUGCCGAAGGAGCCUGGACCUGAGGUGAAAGACGCCAUUCGAGUCAGUAUUCGCAUGGCUUCUGGCGAGCGGAUCAUUCGCAAGUUUCACUCAGAAGCAGAUCUGGACGAGCUUUAUGCUUUUGUUGACUGCUACGAAAUCUUAAAAGCCAAGGAGGCGGGUGACUUGACCGGGACAGAAGUUGAGGAGCCAGCUAAUUACGAACAUGAAUAUGGCUUUCGUCUAGUUUCGCCAAUGCCAAGGACGGUAUUCGACUUGGAGCAGGGAGGUUCCGUAGGCGAGAGAAUAGGGAGGGCAGCGAACCUGCUUGUCGAACCUAUCGAAGAGGACGACGAAGGUUCCGAUGAAGAAUAAAGUGUUGGUAGACUUUUGCGAACUUGCAAUAAUCAGCAAGGAUGCCGGCACAUCCGCAUGGGCAGCGAUAUCGAUCAUCACGCUAUUGUCUGGAAGGCCCGUUUGUAUUGCAAUUCUUCUAAGAGCCCGCCUUCAGACCUCAGUGGUUGUCAGCAUUCCGAAAACGGAGUCAUGAAGCCACCAUGUCCGCAGGUAGAGCACUCCCUCUAGCCCGAAAUGGGAAGGAAUGUCGUACGGUUCACAUGUAAGGUCCCAGAGCGCUCCAAGAGAGCUGCUCAGGGAAGAUAAACUACUAGUAGUACCCUUGUACUCACAUUGAUGAUCACUGCAAACUGGGGUCGUCCACAGCUGAGUCGGUGGUGACCUAAGUCUUAGGCCAGGCUUUGGUUCCAGAGAGGGCGUUGCUUGCAUCGUUACCUGAUAAGCUAGUAGAUCCAUUUUCAAGAUAGGCCAAGGUGGAAGAGCCUUAAGGUCUCUUUUACCUCGGAUUUGAC